AUGGAAGACGUUCUUCAAGGGCACUGCCUAGCGAGCUUCAUGGACUCGAUUCUGGGAGGUUCGGUUGUGGAGAGAUCUGUUCAUUUAGCUGCCGUCUUCUGGACCUUGUGGCAGGCGCGGAACGAUGUUGUAUGGCGGUGCUCAUCGCUGUCGAUGGAGAAUCUAAAAGUGCAGGUUGUGCAAUCUCAAACACUAUGGAAAAAUGCCCUCAGCGGCUUGAGCAGCCUGGCGAACAGGCAGAAUAGCGUCAUUCACUGGUCACCUCCUCCUCAUAACGUCCUUAAAUGCAAUGUGGAUGCGGCCAUCUUCGCUGACGGAGCGAGCUACGGAGUGGUGGUUCGUGACCACUUCGGCAGUUUUGUUGCGGCUCGAAGCGGUUGGAUUACAUGCACACGGGAGCCGCUCAUCGCCGAAGUCCUUGCGGCGUAUGAAUCUCUCAAAUGGUUAUCUGGGAUGCAGCAUAAUCGUAUUAUUUUAGAUUCUGAUUGUUUACCUUUCUGUAAUUCUUUCAAUUCGCGUACGAUAGAUUAUUCUUAUGAGGGUUUGAUUGUAAAGCAAUGUUUGUCAAUUGCUAGGGACAUAGGGGACGUUAAAGUCCCCAUCAUGUCAGGAGAUCAGCGAACCAUGUGGCUCACGAACUUGCACGGGCAACUAGUUCUUCGUCUGUCUCCAAGUCGUGGGCUGUUAUCCCACCUACUUGUAUUGCGGAUUUGUUAG